CCUUCGUCUGAUGUUCUUUACCUCUCGCAAUUAGAACUUUGAAAAGCCGCAAAAACACUUAAUUUCACCCAAUCAACAACAGAUUCAUCGGAGAAGACGAAGAAUUAGGUUUUUUUUUUCAUCAUCCGUACUUACAGAUCUAAACAUUGAGGGACAAAAAUUCUUAAGAAAAAAAAAACACUAAAGUUCCAUCCUUUUGACGGGAUGGCUGAUGCUGAAGUGGAGAGAAGAAUGAAGGUGAUGAGAGAUGAUACCUGGACGAUUAGUACUCGACGACGUACAUAUAGGAGGAUUGAGAGCAAAGCUGGAUCUGGUCGAUCCCAUAAGGAAUCAUACAUUCAGAAGGAGCGCUCUUACUUGCAGUUUAUCAAGAUCGAAACCAAAAACCCUCCCACUAGUAUUCCAUGCUCUUCUUCUCUGACCAGGAGGUUUUUCGACAGACCCUUGGACUCCAAGUGCUUUAACGUUGGAGCCUUGGAUCAAUUAUUUAUCCGUGAUGGCACACUUGACAAGCUUUUAUGGAAUGAUAAUUGGUCUGUUGAUGGAACCGUAUCUUUUUUCCGUUAUCCUUCUUAUAAGAAGUUGCCUUCGCGGUGGUCUCCUCUAGGUUCCUUCUUUGUCACAUCUAACUACGGCGUGGUCAGUAUUUGGGGCUCAAGAUAUUAUACGGACUUUGGCCGCCUCAUGCGUUUUAGUCACUAUCAGGUAGAAGAGUUUGAUAUUUCCCCAGGUGAGAAAUACCUAGUAACCUAUAACAGACCAGACCUAACUGACCCAAAUGGACUCUGGCUAAAGAUUUUCGAUGUGAGCACUGGGACAGGAAUCGUUGGACUAAAUAAUGGUGAUGUUGCUGACUCUCCCCAGUGGCCUGUGAUAAGAUGGGCUGGGGGUAAAGAUGAUACAUACUUCGCCACGCUUAGCAAAAACAACACUGUAUCUGUCUACGAGACCAAGAAUUUCAACCUGUUGGGCAAGGCACCACUGAACCUUGAUGAUGUUAUAGAUAUUUCUUGGUCUCCCACAGAAGCUGUGCUUGCAAUACUGUUGAAAGCCGGUGGCGAGCAGCAUGUCAAGACUCUUCUUUUACAAAUCCCCGACAAGUUGAAGCUGGCAGAGAAGGAUCUUACCGCUAUUGUUGGUGACUGCAAGAUGCACUGGCAGAGCAAUGGUGAGUACCUUGCUGUCAACACUUACGGGGGAUUUGAGUUUUUCCGCAUCAAAGAGGAAGGCAUACCCACAGAUUUUCUCAAGGUGGACAAGAGGAUCCUGGCUUUUGCGUGGGAACCUAGCGGUCACAGAUUUGCUGUGAUUUACGGAGACGAACCAACCCUAUCUGUCAGUUUCUAUUCGAUGAAGACACCUGGAAAGGUCACAGAGCUUACUACUUUGAGCAACAAGCAAGCAGAUUCCCUCUUUUGGUCGCCCAAAGGCAAUCUCGUGGUUGUUGCUGCAUUGAAAGAGGGCAAGCUUGAGUUUUUUGAUGUGGAUCGGCUUGCUCAAAUUUCCUCAGUUGCAAACGUGAAGGCCAACCAGGUUGUUUGGAAUCCAAGUGGGGAAUAUGUUGCAACGGUGUCUACGCUACCACAAGAGGAGUUUGAUAGUGAUUGGUGCAGUGAUCCAAAUGACCCUCUUGAUAGGUUUACUAUCUGGUCCUCCGGUGGAGAUUGUCUUUUUGUUCAUCAGUGUCAAAAUCGCAUAAUGCAGCUUGAUUGGCGCCCUUAAUUACGGAGGAAUCAUAGAUGAUGACAUGCUUAAGACGCAGUGAAGAAGAAUGCUUUAUUGUUUAUGCAAGUAUUUAAACUUUUUAUGUUAUUUGUCAACUUCUCUGCUAUGUUUGGUUUUGGCUUUCGUUUCCAAGAUCUCCCUAGUAACUUGUUUUUUCUUAUUUUUGUCAGCACUCCAGUAACUUGUUAUAAAGCUACUAUUUGGUCCAAUAGAGGUAGGAAGAUAAUGCCUUCGAAUGUUUAGCACAUGUACGCUGCUUUUGUUUAAGUAGUAUCUGAUUACGAUUUAAACAUGCUA